CACGUAUCAUCAUUUCCAUCUGCUGGAUGCAACGGUGCCUCACCUAUAUCUCAAAGGAUUGGCACACUGCUUUUCAGUGCAUCACCAGGACCCGUCAGCAUGGCACAACAAGACCUGGACUCGACAGUCACACUCCCCCGGAUCCUGUGUCUACAUGGCGGCGGCGUGAACGCGACAGUGUUUCGGCUUCAAUGUCGUAACAUAAUUCGACGCAUGACCGGACACUUCCGUCUUGUCUUUGUGGAAGGACCCUUCAUCUGCGACGCGCACCCAGACAUCAUCCCAGUGUAUGGGACUUAUGGACCCUUUCGCCGAUGGCUUCGUUGGCUCCCAUCCCACCAACCUGUCGAUUCCAAGACGGCAAUUAACGAAAUCCACCUCCAGCUGCGGAAUGCCAUGAUGAAGGAUAAUGCACUCGGCGCCACGGGGGAAUGGGUGGGCCUGAUGGGAUUCAGCCAGGGGGCCAAUAUCAGCGCUAGCCUGCUUUACACGGAGCAAAUUCUGCGAGAGAAACUCCGAAGCAGGGCGGUCGUGGCGAGUUGGCGGUUUGCGGUGCUAUUUGCCGGACGAGGACCCUUGUCAGUGUUAGAUAACCGGCUGAUGGCGCCGCAGGAUGUUGGGGAUGCCGCACAUGCAAGCGUCGAGUUCAGGGAUUGGCCAGAUGGUUCCGGGACCGAACAUGUCCUAAAAGUACCUACCAUACACGUCCAUGGGAUGACGGACCCUGGCCUGCAACACCAUCGUCGUCUCCUAGAGACAUAUUGCGAGCCGGGGACAACACGGCUUAUCGAGUGGGACGGUGACCACCGGAUGCCAAUUAAGACAGCUGAUGUCAAUGCUGUGGCACAAGCUAUCUUACAAUUGGGGCACGAGUUGGCUAUAUUAUGAUAUGUGACACGAUAUGUGACACGAGAUAAAGGCGGACCGAGCCGGCCCUUGUAUUACACCUUACCCCGUCAAGCCCGAGGGAGGGGGCACAAUAGUAUUACUGUGUUGGAUUGUAACCCUGGAUUACGAAGCUUCUGAUAGAUCGAUCCUCUGACUCUAGUCACAGGGUGUCAGAUUACAUAAUACCUCUCUUGAGAAAAAAGGGGGCCUGAGGCUACACGAGCAUGGCCUACCGCGCUCAGUAUUAUAUUGGCUUGAUAAGUUUAGAAUAUCUUGCACUCUCGCCACUCUUAUCAACAUAACUUGUGUAAUAGUGAUUCAUUU